AUGCGAUCGGGAGUGGUUGUACCGGUGACGAUCAGUUUGACGAUCCUUGACGCUGUUCUCUCAAUACUUCCGCUCGGAUAUUAUCAUAAAGAAUGGAGUUUUGAUGGAGAUCUUGUCUACAAAUAUCUUUUCUUUCUCGAUGGUUACUCGUUUCUAAGCGAUCCGAUCGAUUUUGUGAUUCUCUCGCUGAUAAGAAUAUUUUUAUUGAUAGCGGGUCUCUUGCUGGUGCUUUUAAAGAGGAAUGACUGGGUUCGAGGGUUGUUCAAGCUGAUUCUCGGUUUGGCAAUCGCUUCGUAUAGUUAUGUUUUGAUAAAAUUAUUGGCUUUAUCGGAAAAUGUCGAGAUUUUGACAUGGCCGGGCAUUUGGUUCUCUGUCAGUUUGACGAUUCUCUGUUCUAUCGUUUUUGCAUUGGCUUGGUACUUUAUCCUAGCUGCCAAUCAUUUACCGUAUGAAAGACUCAUUGAGUUGACCGAGGCCACUCCAGCAACUCCAGCAACAGCUACGGAUGCUGAAACAACAAGUACAGACACAGAAAAACGAAUUCCCACCUCGGCACAUAUCAAACGAUUACUGAAAUAUUGUGGAAAUGAGUGGGCCUGGUUCUCGGGCGGUUUCGGAUUUCUCAUUGUUUAUUCAACAGCUCGAGUCUUCAUCCCACUCUACACGGGUCAAGUGAUCUCAACGAUUGUUCAAAUCAAAUCACUUUCUGAGCUACUUACGAGCAUUUUUAUUAUGAGUGGAUUGACGCUUGUUUCCACAAUCUUUGGCGGUCUCCGUGGUGGAUGUUUUGACUAUGCGAGUGCCCGAGUGAAUCGACAAAUCCGUCUCGAUCUUUUUCGCUCACUCGCUCAUCAAGAUAUUGCUUUCUUUGAUAUCACGAAAUCGGGUGAAAUGAUCUCCCGUUUGACGUCGGAUUGUCAAACGAUGGCCAGCACAGUAGCCGUGAAUUUGAACGUUUUCUUGCGGAAUGGCGUCAUGCUGUUGGGCGCUCUCGUGUUCAUGUUCGCUCUCUCGUGGCGGCUCUCAAUGGUGACUUUCAUCGCGAUUCCGCUGGUGGCUUUUAUCACAAAAUUGUACGGAUCGUACUAUGAUAAAUUAUCCGAGCGAACCCAAGAAACGAUCGCCAAAGCGAAUCAAAUGGCUGAAGAGGUUUUAUCAACGAUGCGAACGGUUCGAUCAUUUGCCUGUGAGGAUCGAGAGGUGAAACGCUUCGAGAAUCACGUCAGCGAAACGCUCGGUGUCAACAAGAAAAAAGCUUUGGCUUAUAUGGGAUACACGUGGACGAAUGAAUUUUGUGACAACGCCAUCCUCGUCGGCGUUCUCUUUUAUGGAGGACAUUUGGUGUUAACCGGACAUUUGAGCACGGACAAUUUGAUCAAAUUCCUGAUGUACCAAAUGCAAUUGGGCGAAAAUUUAUAUAGUAUCGGCUACGUGAUGACUGGUUUGAUGGAGAGUGUGGGAGCGAGUCGUAAAGUUUUUGAGUACAUGAAUAGAAAACCUGCAAUCCCAUUUGAGGGAAAACAGCGUCCAAAAGUGACAGGAGAUCUCCUGCUUGAGGGUGUCUCUUUCACGUAUCCAAGUCGACCGAAUAACCCUGUUCUAAAGAAUUUUGAUCUCCACAUUCAUCCUGGCGAGACAGUGGCAUUGGUGGGACCAUCAGGCGGCGGAAAAUCGUCUGUCGUCUCACUCAUUCAACAUUUCUAUGAACCAAAUGAGGGACGGAUUCUUUUGGAUGGGAUUCCCGUGAAAGACAUCAAUCAUUGGUGGUAUCAUCAAAGGAUAGCCCUCGUUGCUCAAGAGCCGAUUCUCUACGAUGGAUCAAUUCGAUACAAUAUUCUGUAUGGAUGUGAUUGGGCGACGGAAGAGGACAUGCUAAAUGCUGCAAAGACGGCAAACGUGCACAAUUUUGUGCAAAAGUUGGAGGGUGGUUAUGAGACGAAUUGUGGAGAGAAAGGAGUACAAAUGUCAGGGGGUCAAAAACAACGAAUCGCCAUUGCAAGAGCUUUGGUUAGAAAUCCGGCGGUGCUCAUCCUUGAUGAGGCUACAUCGGCGUUGGACGCGGAAAGUGAAGCACUUGUACAAGAGGCACUCAACAGAUGUGCCAAGGAAAGAACAGUGCUGAUCAUCGCUCAUCGACUCUCCACGAUCGAGAAAGCCGAUCGAAUUUGUGUUCUAGAAGGAGGAGCUCUUGUGCAGACGGGAAAUCAUCGAGAUUUGAUGAAAGACAAGGAGGGAUUGUAUGCGGCACUUGUGAAAAGACAGCUAUUGGCUAUCAAUCAAUCGCCGAGCGGAAGCUUUGUUGAGUCGAGGGGUGAAUUCUCGAAACGGGUCGAAGAUGAAGAGAAAUUGAUCGAAAUUGAUCGAAUCGCUGAA